GUGAAGUGUGUGUAGGUGUGUGUGUGUGUGUGUGUAACAUGUCGUAACGGAUGCAGGCAGGUAACCGAUCACAGCGGGACUACACCUCCAACGAACCGAACCAUGUCGGAGGAAAAGGCGACCCUGAGCACCGAGCUGUUCGACAGCGUGCGCGAGGCCGUGGGUCGCAGGCUGAAGCUCAACCUGAGGCGCGCGGUCCGGCUGGAGGUCAAAGGUGACCGGAUGGAGAGCCGGGUGCUGGCCUUGGCGUCACAUCGAGCUUAUCUGCUGACAGCACGGAUCCCUUCCAAGGUGGAACAGUCGUUUAACUACCUGGACCUUCAGGGAAUCACCAGCAACAAGCCCACUCAGGUGGUGUUGGAGCAUGAGCGCGGCCCAUGGAGCCUCCAUCUGGCCUCCGUGGAGGAAGUGGACGAGGUCAUCGCUCACAUCGGCACCUGUGUGCAGCAGAUCUGCCCGUCCGGGUCUCCAGUGAAGGUGAUGCGGCGGCUGAGUCUGAAGCCUCCUGAGAGGGCGGCGGCGCUGCAGGCCGUCUGGGACGAGCAGGGCCCGGCCGACGUCGGACCCUGCGGAGGUUUCUCCCAUCAAUACUGGUGUGUGUGUGACUACCUGGGCCUGCCGUACAGGGAGGAGGUCCAAUGGGACGUGGACACCAUCUACCUGACGCAGGACAGCAGAGAGCUCAACCUGCAGGACUUCAUCCACCUGGAGAACAGGGACCUGGUGGCGAUCAUCGCUGCGCUGGAGUUCAACCAGUGGUUCAGCAAAGUGUCGGCCAAAGACGUCAAACUGUCGACAGACGUGUGUGAUCAGAUCCUGAGAGUGGUGGCCCGGUCCAACCGUCUGGAGGAGCUGGCGCUGGACAACGCUGGACUUCGAAGUGACUUUGCUCAGAAACUGGCCGGCGCUCUGUCUCAGAACCCGGCCUCCGCCCUGCACAGCCUCACCCUGAGCAACAACUCCCUGGAGGACAAAGGUGCAGCAGCUCUCAGCGCACAGCUGGCCAAGCUGCCCAUGGGCCUGAGGCAGCUGAACCUGUCCAGGACGUCCAUGUCCCCCAAAGGCGUGAACAGCCUCUGCCAGGCUCUGUGCUCCAACCCGGUGGAGGCCUCCACCCUCACACACCUCGACCUGUCGGGAAACGUGCUGCGAGGCGACGACCUGCAGAACCUGCACAGCUUCCUGAGUCACUCCAACUGCGUGGAGACGCUGGAUCUGUCCAACAGCGACUGCUCCUUGGAUCAGGUUUGUGCAUCGCUGCUCAGAGGAUCUUUGAAGCAUCUCUCUGUGCUCAACAUGUCGAAGACGGUUUUCUCUUACAGGAAGUGUAAAGAAAUCCCCUCGUCCUUUAAGCAGUUCUUCAGCAGUGCCCAGUCUCUGAGCUCGGUCAGUCUGUCGGGAACAAAGCUGCCUCUGGAGGCUCUGAAGGCGCUGCUGUUAGGGCUCGGCUGCAACCCGAACCUCAGCGAUGUGUCUCUGGACCUCAGCUGCUGCGAGCUGCGCUCAGGAGGCUCCCAGAUCCUGGAGGGCUGCAUCGCCGAAAUCCCCAACAUCUCCAGCCUGGACAUCUCUGACAACGGCCUGGACAUGGACCUGACCACCCUGCUGGUGUGGCUGGCCAAGAACCGCUCCAUACGACACCUGUCGCUGGGCAAAAACUUCAACAACAUCAAAUCCAAGAAUGUGGCUCAGGUCCUGGAGAACCUGGUCCACAUGAUUCAGGAGGAGGAGUCGCCGCUGACCUCGCUGUCGCUGGCCGACUCCAAGCUGAAGGCCGACCUGUCCAUCGUCCUCAACGCUCUGGGCAGCAACGCGUCUCUGACCAAGCUGGACAUCAGUGGAAACGCCAUGGGGGACAUGGGGGCCAAGAUGCUGGCCAAAGCCCUGCAGAUCAACUCCAAGCUCAGGACCAUCGUGUGGGACAGGAACAACAUCAGCCCUCAGGGCCUGCAGGACGUAGCUGCUGCUCUGGAGAAAAACUACACCAUUCGUUUCAUGCCUGUCCCCAUCAUGGACGCAGCUCAGGCCCUGAAGGCAAACCCCGAGAAGACGGAGGAUGCCUUACUGAAGAUGGAACAGUACCUCCUGAGGAACCACGAGACCCGUAAAUACCUGCAGGAGCAGGCGUACAGGCUGCAGCAGGGAAUCGUCACCACGACCACUCAGCAGAUGAUGGACAUGAUGUGCGUGAGGGUGCAGGAUCACCUGAACUCUCUGAAGAGACCGUCUGAGUCCAUCUCGGUUCUGGAAGACAUGAAGGUGGCGGAGAACUUCAUGAAGGACGCCAGGAACUCCAAGAGGCUGCUGCCGAACCUGUACCACCUGAAGGACGGAGGCGCUCAGGAGGCUUUUGUCGGAGCCGUUCAGGGGAAGCUGGAGUCGAUGGCCGGCGAAGUGGCUGAAGUGAUGGAGGAACAGCUGCAGAACAUGCUGGUGUCCAUGGUGGACUCUGCUGAGGGCCUGUGUCCUCACGUGAUGAAGAGGAGCAACCUUCGUCAGGAGCUGCUGAAGUCCGGCGCCGGCAGGAUGACGGUGCCCCGAAGCUUCGUCAGCUCCACGCUGCUGGAGCAGUCGGGGGUCGACAUCAUCAACAAGAUCAGUGAAGUGAAACUCGGCAUGGCGUCGUUUUUAUCGGACCGCAUCGUGGACGAGCUGCUGGAGUCUCUGUCCAGAUCCCAGCACACUCUGGCCGAGCACCUGAUCAGGAAGCCCUCGGUGCAUAAGGAGCCUCAGACGGAGACGGAAGUCCUGGACGAGAUGGUUCUGCAGCCAGGGAACCACCAUGCGGUCCACAACCCAAAGCAGAGCCAGCACGACCCGGAGGACACGGACCCCUGCCUGAUGACGCCUAAAACCAAGAGGAAGAGCAUUCUGGUGCGGAUGCUGCGUCCUGUGUCUGUGGCGUUUGAGAUGGAGUUCGACCUGGACAAGGCUCUGGAGGACGUGCCCAUCCACUGCGAGGACCCUCCUCUUCCUCCGGCUCCGCAUCCGUCGGACAGGACGUCGUCGUACUGUGAGGACCUUCCUCCUCCACCCGCUUCACCCGACGCAGACUCCACCUACGUGACGGAGCUGCCGCCGGUGGAGCAUGUGAUGCUGGAGAGUCAAACCAAGCUAAGACCGAAGCCCAAGAAGCGGACGAAGCCCAGCAGGCAGCACCGGGAGACCACUCUGGACUCGGCCCAGGACGCAGAGCAGGACGGCACCAUGGGAAAGCUGGACGAAGGCCUGGACGACUUCUUCUCCAAGAGAGUCAUAAAGCUGAGCUUCAGACUUCCCUCUGUCAGAAGUCCCACCUCCUGCCCACAGGAGGCCACGGAUAAGAAACGGGAGUCGAGGAGGAGCGGCUUCUUCAACCUCAUCAAGUCCAGGACGUCCCGCUCAGAAAAAAGCCACGGCUCCGCCUCCGUCCCUCCACCACACACGGGUCCCCUCUCUCCUCAGGCCUCCUGCUCCGUCAGCCCCGUGAGUGAAGACGCAGCCAAACCGGCUGCAGAGCCGCAGCACCCGCUCCACGGACCUCCGGCCCAGGAGCGCGCGGAGCCUGAGCCGCCGGCAGCUCCACCCGUGGCUAAAGAGGAGGAGAGGAAGGUGGAGAAGAAGGAGCACCCACACCUGCCGCGCCACAUGGGGGUUCCUGUGAUGGGACUGGACCUGCUGGCCGAGAUGAAGGCCAGGCAGGAGAAAAUGGCUGUGAAGAAGUCGGAGUCUGUGUUGGACGGCGAUCGAGCCAAACUGGAAGUCCAUCACUCGGUGCCGGCAAACGCUGGCGAGUCCAGACCAGAGCCGGGUCCCAGGUCCAGACCAGCAGGCGUCACGCUGAAACCGCUCCCACCCCAGAACGUAAAGCUCCCCCCAGGGUUCCCCCCCCCCGGUCCCACCAGCCCGGUCAGCGCCCGCGUGCACGAUGACAGGCCGCUUCCUGCUCCGCGCCUGAGGAGGGCGUCGUCGGAGCAAGACAAGGAGAGCGUCAGCGAAUGUGAGCUUCACGGGGACAGUGGCGACGCCUUUGACCCGGUCGGUUCCGGGCCCGCUGCCGGGUCUGAGCCCGCGGCCGGUUCUGAGCCCUAUUCUGAGCCCGCGGCCGGUUCCGAACCUGCGGCUGGUUCUGAGCCCACGGCCGGGUCCAAGCCUGCUGCCGGUUCUGAGCCCGGUUCUGGGCCCUCUGCCGGGUCCGAGCCGGCGGCCGGGUCCGGGCCCGCGGCCGGGUCCGAGCCCGCGGCCGGGUCCGAGCCCGCGGCCGGGUCCGAGCCCGCGGCCGGCGGCAGACAGUGGUCGUCUCUGAAGAGUCCAGCCCCAGCACGGGAGGAGGAGCGAGAGCGGACCAGGUCCCUCCCUGCUCACGGUUGGGCUCCAGCUGACACAGACCACGUGGAGCCUUCAGUGAGGGCUCCGUCUCUGGAGGAACCAGACCUCAGUCCAGCUGAAGACAGUCCAGCUCUGGCUGCUGACAGAGGGUCGGGGGACGAGUCCAGUGACGGCGCUCCUUCAGUCUGACACCAGUUUACAGCACUCAGCAUCGCAGGGAUCCGGUCCCAGCAGCAGUUGGACCAGAACCGAAGGGCUUCCACCUGGGAGCCGUCUGCGCUUUUUAUUCUGGAUGAAAAAAUCUAAAAUGUGCCUUUUACAGCUUGAGAAGCUAAUGCUCCCACUCACUGUGUUCACGCCAUCGUCUGAUGAGCUGAUGCAUCAGAACAUGACAGAAUCCUGGUUUUCCCAGAGAUUCUUCUGUCACCACCUAAAAGCUACAGUCAAGCAGUCCUUCCACACUUUCUGUUGCUUCUACGUGUCCAGAUGUUCACACUGUCCCACAUUGUCCAUCAUGCUGCACCUACUGUAUGUAUCACUGUACUUAUAACUAACGCCUGUCGGAGUCUCACUGUACAAACUCUGGUUGUAACAGAUGAAUGAUGUGUUGAAUGGGGUUUCAUUUAAGGUUCCUGGUGGCGGUUUUCAUUUAAAUGGAGAGAAUCUUGUUAUUUUUAAAACCCAGUUCAGUGUUUUGUUCUGAGAUGAGACCUGGAGCUGUCCUGUAUGUUUACACCAAUAAACAGUGGUUUACUGGUC